AUGCCGGCUGGACACGGUCUCAGGUCUCGUACUCGCGAUCUCUUCUCGCGGGCCUUCAGGAAGAAGGGUUACAUCCCUCUUUCAACCUAUCUGAAGACCUACAGGAUCGGCGACUAUGUCGACGUCAAGGUUAACGGCGCCGUGCACAAGGGUAUGCCCCACAAGUUCUACCAUGGACGUACUGGUCGCGUCUGGAACGUCACCAAGCGCGCCAUCGGUGUGGAAAUCAAUAAACAGGUUGGCAACAGGAUCAUCAGGAAGAGGAUCCAUGUGCGUGUGGAGCAUGUGCAGCCUUCAAGGUGCACUGAGGAAUUCCGUUUGAGGAAGAUAAAGAAUGAUCAGUUGAAGGCUGAGGCCAAGGCAAAGGGUGAGGUCAUUAGCACCAAGAGGCAGCCUAAGGGACCCAAGCCAGGUUUCAGGGUUGAAGGUGCAGUCAUGGAAACUGUUACUCCCAUUCCUUACGAUGUCGUCAAUGAUCUUAAGGGAGGCUAUUAG